AUGCAUCCCCAAACCAACUACUACAUUGGUGUGGAUGUUGGGACUGGUAGUGCUCGCGCCUGUAUCAUCGAUGAUGCAGGUGAAAUUGUCGGGCUAGCCUCUGAAAAUAUCAGACUUUGGCAAUCCAAGCACGGACAUUAUGAACAAUCGACCGCAGACGUUUGGCGGUGUAUCUGCUCCGCUGUGCGCCGCGCCAUCAGAGAGAACAACAUCCCGUCGUCGAUGGUUCGAGGACUCGCAUUUGAUGCAACAUGCUCUCUAGCCGUAUUCGCAACCGAUGACGACAGCCCGAUGUCAGUGACUGCUUCCACAUUUGACACAGACCGUAAUGUGAUUCUGUGGCUGGACCAUCGAGCAGUCAUAGAAACAGAACGAAUCAACACAACCCAGCACAAGGUGCUCGAAUAUGUGGGUGGGAGGAUGUCGGUUGAAAUGGAGAUACCGAAAAUUCUCUGGUUAAAGAACAACAUGCCUGCGGAAACCUUCGCAAGGUGCAAGUUCUAUGACUUGGUGGAUGCUCUUACCCAUCUAGCAACCGGCGGCGAAACUAGGAGCCUGUGUAGCCUUGUUUGCAAACAGGGAUACUUGCCAGCUGGCGUUGAAGGUAGCGCUUCAGGCUGGCCCAAAGACUUCUUGGUUCAAAUAGGUCUGGGAAGCCUGGUCGAGGGGAAUUUUCAAGGCAUUGGGGGUAUUAAUGAUGUGAAUGGCCGACACCUCCAUGCCGGAGAAUUGGCUGGAAGAUUGAGUGAGAAGGCUGCCCUGGACCUCGGAUUGCCGUCGAGUAUUGCCAUUGGUAGCGGUGUGAUUGACGCCUAUGCUGGAUGGAUAGGAACUGUUGGCGCAAAAGCGGAUUUCGCAGUCACAACACCCCGAGGGUGUUCAACAGAUGACAUGCGGGAAACGCUCUUUACCCGUCUUUCUGCAGUAGCGGGAACCUCAACAUGUCAUCUCGUGAUGUCCCCGAGCCCGAUAUUCGUGCCAGGAGUUUGGGGCCCAUACCGCGACACUAUUCUUCCGGGAUGCUGGAUGGCAGAAGGAGGGCAAUCUGCAACAGGCCAACUACUCCAGCAUGUUUUGGAGACUCACCCGGCAACUCAAGAAGCGAAGAGUCUCGCAAUGUUCCACCAAAUGGACAUAUUCACUUUUCUGAACAAACGUCUGGAAAAAAUGGCGGAUGAACAAGAAGCACAAUGCAUUCCGCACUUGUCUCGUCACCUCUUCUUUUACGGUGAUCUUUUCGGGAACAGGUCUCCAGUGGCUGAUUCAAACAUGACGGGUUCCAUAGUUGGUCUCACAAGUGACGUAUCUGUGGACAGCUUAGCUAUCCUAUACUACGGCACGCUGGAGUUCAUUGCUCUACAGACCCGACAGAUCAUGGAUGUUAUGAACAAAUCAGGUCACAAUAUCACCUCUAUUUUCAUGUCUGGCUCCCAAUGCCAGAACAGCAUUCUGGUGCAUCUGAUCGCUUCUGCAUGUGAUAUCCCAGUUGUGAUUCCUCGCUAUGUCAACGCAGCUGUUUGUCAUGGUGCCGCAAUGCUAGCUGCUAAAGCGGCGAGUAUCGAUAUCGAGGGGAUGACAACAGAUCUCUUGGAGAUCAUGGAUAGGAUGAGCAAACCUGGGAAAACGUUUCAUCCGACGAAAAAUUUCUACGAGAAGUCUCUUCUCGCCGCAAAGUAUCGGGUUCAUCUCGAUCAGUGCCACAGGCAAUUGAAAUAUCGGAAGAUGGUGGACGAACUUGUCGCCUCUCAAGAUUGUCUAAAAAUAUCGAGCAAAUGA